AUACUGAUUGUGUGAGUUGUCAAAAAGUUGGCAUACAUACCUACCAUCUGUUUUAUUUAGAAAAUCUAUUUUAACAUCUAGACAUUAGUGAUUACUUGAGUAUUCGCUGUAUUUAAUUACUUUGGAUUCUACCAUUAUGUGUUUCUGUGACUAUGGUAUACACUGAUGUUCACAUAAGUUGGUAAUAAAGAGAAGAUAAACGCGUUAGAAAUCGCGAUCGUGUGAGAGGAUGGUGCAGUGAUUGCACUGAUAUUCAGUUUUUACGUGAAGGUUGAAUGAAAGAUGGACAGUACACCGGAGUCACCGGCAAAGAUGAGCCCGCUGAUAGAGGGCGAGGGUUUCGCGGAGAGCGAGACGGACUACUCCAGCAUCAGGGGGAAGAUGGUGAUGGUCAGCCCCAACGCUGAUGAGUACGAGCUGCUGCGCAAACAGAUGCUGGAGAGGCUAGAGGCUGGCAACGGCGAGAUCAUCUACGACAUAGGACUCGGCGAAGAUGGUCGCGGUCUCACGGAGGACGAGUUCACCGCGUCGGUGGCGACGCUGCAGUCGCUGGUGGCGAGCGAGCGCGUGUCGUGCAUGGAGCUGCGGCGCUGGGACUGCGGCACGGGCCUCGUGGGGCAGUACCUGCUGCGCACCGAGCUCGACAACAACGACUUCAUGGAGAUCAGGGUAGCGGUGGUAGGUAACGUGGACGCGGGCAAGUCCACUCUCCUGGGAGUGCUGACACACGGGGAGCUGGACAACGGGCGAGGGUUCGCGCGACAGAGGCUGUUCCGACACAAGCACGAGAUGGAGAGCGGCCGCACCAGCUCCGUCGGCAAUGACAUACUCGGCUUCGACAAUAUGGGUAAGGUGGUGAACAAGCCGGACCACGGCACACUGGACUGGGUGAAGAUCUGCGAGAAGUCGUCGAAGGUGAUCACUUUCAUCGACCUGGCCGGACACGAGCGCUACCUCAAGACCACUGUCUUCGGCAUGACGGGACACGCGCCGGACUUCGGCAUGCUCAUGGUGGGUGCCAAUGCAGGUAUAGUGGGCAUGACGAAGGAGCACCUCGGCCUGGCGCUGGCACUAUCCGUGCCCGUGUUCGUGGUGGUGACCAAGAUCGACAUGUGUCCGCCGAACGUGCUACAGGACAACCUCAAGCUGCUCAUCAGGAUCCUCAAGUCUUCGGGCUGCAGGAAGGUGCCGGUCAUGGUGAAGAACAAGGAUGACGUCAUCGUCAGCGCUACCAACUUCGUGUCGCAGAGGCUAUGUCCAAUAUUCCAAGUGUCGAACGUGAGCGGCGAGAAUCUGGAGCUGCUGACGAUGUUCCUCAACCUGCUGAAGACGAGGAUGCCCUCGCACGACGACAAGCCUGCUGAGUUCCAGAUAGACGACACCUACUCAGUGCCCGGCGUGGGCACGGUGGUGUCGGGCACGACGCUGGCGGGCGUGGUGCGCGUCAACGACACGCUGCUGCUGGGGCCCGACCCGCUGGGCCGCUUCACGCCCGUGGCGGUGCGCGGCAUCCACCGCAAGCGCAUGCCCGUCGCCGAGGUGCGCGGCGGACAGACCGCCAGCUUCGCGCUCAAGAAGAUAAAAAGGUCCCAGAUUCGUAAGGGCAUGGUGAUGGUGUCGCCGGCGCUGAACCCGCAGGCGUGCUGGCAGUUUGAGGGCGAGAUCCUGGUGCUGCACCACCCCACCACCAUCUCAUCACGAUACCAGGCUAUGGUCCACUGCGGCAGCAUCAGACAGACGGCGUCAAUCCUGUCGAUGUCGCGCGACUGCCUCCGCACCGGCGACAAGGCGCUCGUCAAGUUCCGCUUCAUCAAACAUCCGGAGUACCUCAAGCGGGGGCAGAGGAUGGUGUUCCGCGAAGGCCGCACGAAGGCGGUGGGUAACGUGCUGCGGCCCGAGCCCAUCGCGCACAAGCCCGCGCCCGCCGCGCGCCACGAGCGCCACGAGCGCCACGAGCGGCGCGCGCAGGCGCACGGCACCAACGCGCCCGCCGACGCCAGCACUGCACAUCUGCAAGAGGCCGACGUGACGGCAGUGGACUCGCCGUUUGAGGUGCAGGCGGACAAGCGCAGCUCCGCAGCAGGUGGAGGGGGAGGCGGUGGGGGGCGAAGGCCCCGCAAGCGACACGACAAGCCGCCAGACCAGCCCGUCGCUGCCAACUAAACAUUUUUACUCAUCUCUUUACAAGCACUCACUAUUGAAUCAAUUGAUUCACUGCUACGGGAAGCGUUCACUCUUUUCGUGUGACACAUUGACGCGGACGUGUCAAUAAGUAUUAGGAAGUAUUCUGCCUUGAAACAGAAAAGAAUUUUAUUUACACUAAAUCUGUAUAACGUCAAAUAUGUAUUUGAUUUUAAUACCAGCGCUCCAUUUGACGGUCUUGUCUUGACGCGCGUUAAAAUCGCAUUCUGUUUCAUAAGGCCAUAAAAGACCCACAUUUUUUUGACAAUUCUCAGUUAGAGAAGUUUUAUUUUGACAUAAAUUGACACGUCGCGUCGACACACAAUAGAUUUGUACAAUCGUACUUGUUUUCACAUUUUUAUUGUAUGACAACGACUUUUAUGAUCUUCAUAACUGUGCUUCCCUAGUAUAUUGUCGCGGCUAGAUUCAGCCCACAAGCACUAAAAGAAAGUACAACGUUUCUUAAAACGAUUAUAUUUUAGGUAUAGUUGGUUGUGUGGAAUCAUCUAUUUGGGAAAUGCCUGGAUACUUCGAUACUUGCUUCAUUGUGAAAAUAAUAAGUCAUUGAGAUAUUUAAGGUAUGGAAAAAUAGUUGAUUGUGUGACAACUUAAUGCCUUGUGUUUACUUGGUAUUUACAUAGAACUUUUCCAUGUUUACAUUAUACCCGAAUCUUAUGUUGGAUGCAAUAACUGACAGUAUUUAUAAGUAAGGUAGCGCAGUUGGUUGGGUCACUAAUAUUUGUGUCAUUAGAGACCAACAUCUGUGGUUGCUUUAAUCAUAGUUUAGGCAGAGUUGAAAAGUCCACAAACAUACUUGUUUUGUCAAGUUUUAAAUUCAUAUAAAGCAUAUACAAGUCACAAUAAAAUGGGGCAUUCAUUCCUGUUGCUGUUUUCAAGAGACUUCUAUUUUGGUCAGUUGCCAUAUAACUGUAAGUUAUUUGCAUUCAAUACAAUAUUGUAGAAAUAUUUUUGAUUAAUAAACAUGAGCAGACACAAAGAUAUUUUCAUAGAGUAAAAUUGUAGAUUUUUGUCUAGACAGUAAUUAUAAUUAGAAAAUUUUGCUCAUAAUGCAGAAGUUGAAAAUUUGUUUGUGGUUAUAUUGAUUGUUUUUGGUAUUCAAAUUUAUAUUGAUUUGUGUUUUUGGCCUCUGUUGGUUGAACCACUAACAAGUGGUACAUUCAAAUUUUAUUUUUCAAUUAUUUUAUUUGUGAAUCAUACGUGGAAUACAAAAGGAACAGAAUUAUCAGUUUUGGAAAUAUCUCUUAUUGAUGCAUAUUUUUUAUUCCAGCACAGACUUUUUUAAAUAAUUAAAAGCAAUAAUAAUAAUAGUGUUAGUGAGGCUAGCCGCUUGCUCCAUAUCAGAUUUCAGUAUUUCAAUAUUUUCUAUACCAUUACAAUGUGAUUUUUUUAAUAGAAAAUAAGCAAAAGGUAUAUUUUUAAUGAUUAAUUCCGAGUGAAAUUAAACUAGCUCAAAUA